UCGCUUGGUGAACGUAACGCGCAGUCGGCGAACUCGGAACUUGUCUCUCGUUAUGAAGUUGAUACACAGCCUUCUAGGCUUUGUCAUUGGCAUUGCUGUUGCUGCCGCUGCCGCUACGACAGCUCAAUUCAGCUACGGCAGCUGCGAGGCGAAGCCCAGUAAGGAGUCUGGACUUUGCAUACACAUACGGGACUGUCCUUAUCUGUACGAUAUACUCAAUGCCAGUCAAGCGACGCCCGAGCAGAACAAGCUGCUGGCCGAUAGUCAAUGUGGCUUGGAUAAUACGCGCCAGGGCGUGCUGGUGCAUCGCAUCUUAGUCUGUUGCCCGGAGAGCAAGCGCAUUAGUCAAGGCACGGGCGCUCAGGGCGCAGGCGGAGCAGUUGCCACUCGUGCAGCAAAUGCGCCCGAGGCGGCCAAUGUGCUGCCCAGCAUUGGAACUUGCGGCGUGUUGUUUGCCGAUCGCAUUAUUGGCGGCGUGGAGACCAAGCUCUAUGAAUUUCCCUGGAUGGCUCUGCUGAAAUAUAAGAAACCCAAUGAUGAGUAUGGAUUCCAUUGUGGCGGAACUUUGAUCAACUCACGUUAUGUGCUCACCGCUGGACACUGCUUGGCCAGCAGCAAGCUGGAUAAAUACGGCUGGCAGCUACACAGUGUGCGCUUGGGCGAGUGGGACACUACCACGGCGCCGGACUGUGUCACCGAGCUGGGCAGCGGCAAGCGCACCUGUGCUCCUCUGCAUCUGGACAUUGAGGUGGAGAAGCGCACUAUACACGAGCUAUAUGUGCCCAACUCCAUUGACCAAAUGCACGAUAUUGCGCUGUUGCGUUUAAAGACUGCGGUUAGCUAUACGGAUUAUGUGCGUCCCAUUUGCUUGCCGGUGGGAAAUAGUUUGCGUAAGAACGAUUUCGAGGACUAUGCCAUGGAUGUUGCCGGCUGGGGUGUAACCGAAGAUGGCAAGCCCAGCGCUGUCAAGCUGAAAAUCACUGUAGAUGUUUGGAAUUUGGAGCGCUGCCAGCAAAAAUAUCGCGCCUAUCAGAUGCAUUUGAACAGCUCACAGAUGUGCGCUGGCGGCAAAGCAAAUGUGGACACCUGUCAAGGUGACUCAGGCGGGCCGCUUAUGGUGCCGACGCAUGAGGGCAACCAGGAGAUAUUCUUUGUAGUCGGCGUUACCUCGUAUGGUCCCGAGCCUUGUGGACUGCUGGGCUGGCCAGGAGUUUAUACGCGUGUGACACACUUUGUGGAUUGGAUACAGCAAAAGCUAGAACCAUAAAAAAAGUCCAUACAACGUUUAAGU